UCGAAAGCAAUUCACUGUUUUGCAAGGAAUGAGAUUGUACUUUCCUCCGUAUGUUUUAGUUUUUGUUAAUUCCGAUAAAUAAAAAAAAAACCCUCAAGAACGCAAAUUCCUAAAAUGGGCAGGCUAUCAUCCACCGUUGAAAUCUCCGAUAGACGAUACAUUCCUGACCGCCAAAACAGCCGUGACACACCCGAGUUCGACUCCCCUGACUACCGACGCCACCGUGAACGUCGCAGUCCCUCUUAUCAAAACUACGAUGAUCGUCACCGGGAAAUCGAUCGCGGCCGACGCCGUCGCUCUAGCUCACCCGAAUACUCAAGAAGUCCUAGAAGAAGAACAACAAGAAGAAGUCCGAGCCCUAGGUACAAAGAAACCCUAGAUCGUUCUCUCCCUAAAAAAUUCGGCAAGGGCCGGUCCUUUCUUGAUAGGAAUGGAAGGGAAUCGGACGAGGAAUCCGAUGAGGAUUUAAAAGGAUUGAGUUUUGAGGAGAGGAGGAGGCUGAAGAGGCAGAAGAUGAGGAAGUCUAUGAGGUAUUGUAUUUGGAAUAUUACGCCAAGUCCUCCGAGAAGGGACGAUGAGGAGGAAUUGGUGGAGAAAGCGGACGAGAUAGAGAAGUACGGAGAGGAUGAGGUAAAGAGUGAAGAUUCCAGCGGAAAAGAGAAGGAAAAGGCGAAAUCAGAGUCGGAGAAUUCUGGGAGUGGUGAGUCGGAGAGCAAGUCUGAGUUUGAGUCAGAUGACUCGAGGGAGAAAAGAGAGAGGAGGAAAUCAAGUUCUAAGCGCAGGAGGAGGAAUAGUGAUGGUAAAUCAGAUGUGAGUGAGAGCGAAAGUGAGAGCGAAUCAGACACUGAAGAAGAUCGGAAACGGAGAAAGAAGUCGCGGAAAAGUAUUAGUAGGCGGAUCAAGAGUGGUAAGAGUAGUAGAAGAAGAAAGAGUAGGAGGAAGAAGAGUAAGUAUAGUGGUUCUGAUGAUAAUGGGGGCGAGGAGUCUGACUCUGAUGAUGAUCGUGUAAAGUCUAAAAAGAGGAGGCGUUCUUCAGGUUCGCGAUCUAAGGGGAGUAAGAAGAAGAGAGGUUCUGAAACAGAGAGUGAGAAUUUGGAUUCCCUUGAGAAUUCUGGUUCUGAGAAAAAUAAAGCAAAUGAUGACGAGGCUAACAAGGCUGAAGUUGACGUUGAGGCAUUGAUGUUUAAAGAAAUGAUCGAGGCACAAAAAAAACCUGCUUUGGAAAAUGAACCUGUGGUUGGGCCAAUGCCGUUGCCUAGAGCUGAAGGGCAUAUUAGUUAUGGUGGAGCUUUGAGGCCUGGUGAAGGUGAUGCUAUUGCACAGUAUGUGCAGCAAGGGAAACGUAUUCCACGUAGAGGUGAAGUGGGUCUUUCUGCGGAUGAGAUUCAGAAAUUUGAGACUCUUGGGUAUGUGAUGAGUGGCAGUAGGCAUCAGAGGAUGAAUGCCAUUCGUAUUAGGAAAGAAAACCAAGUUUAUAGCGCUGAGGAUAAGCGGGCGCUGGCCAUGUUUAACUAUGAAGAGAAGGCAAAACGUGAGCACAAGGUUAUGGCUGAUUUGCAGCGGCUAGUGCAGCGCCAUAUUGGGCAGGAUGUUGGUCCUAGUCAUGAUCCUUUUGCUGCGAAAGCAUCUGACGGUGCUGAUGCUUAGGAGGAGCACCAAAUUAAAAGGCCUGCUGCUGAUUGUUUUCCUACGAAGCCUAAGAAACUAUGUUCGGUUUAUUGGCUAAUGCUUGGAGUAUUCUGGCAUGAACCCACCGUGAGCCUGCAAAUAAAUUUCUUGAUGCUUCUGUUUCAUGGUCAAUAAUCUUGAACGUUUAAUAUAUUCCCCAGUAAAUGUGCUUUGUCAACUCCUUUUUUUCAUUCUUGAAUGUUCCCCCGUGUAUGUACUCUUGAAUGCAAAGUCUUUAUUGCUAGACUAUCUAUGCUGAUGAGAGUCUUAGCUAUAAACUAUGUGCUCAUGAAUGCAGUCUUUAUUGCUAGACUAUCUAUGCUGAUGAGAGUCUUAGCCAUAAACUAUGUGCUCAUGAAUGCCAAAUCUUCAUUGCUAGAA